CCCUGUGGGCAGUUGCUUCCAGUUUCUGCAUGUCUUCAAAUGUAACAUAUAUUUUUUAAGAUUAUGCCCUUCUCAAGCACUUGUACUAUCCUUGGAGAUAAAAGAGUGUCAGGAACACCAACAUCUCUCUGUGCUCAGCCAAAGCCAUGAAGAACUUUGGAAAGAAACGCAUCGUUGCAUUGAUUGUGGUAUGUCUCGUCCUGUUCAUCGCCAGUCUCUUGUGCAGUAACUUAAGAUGUAUUUUUCAAGGUCACGAGCCGCAUGAGAAUGCGAACACUACUGCUGAAGUAUUCACAGAAGAAGAUGUACCGGAAAACACAUCGGCGUGGAAGAUUAGAAAGGGAUGUCGUAACCCAAGGCUCAGGAUACUGUACUUUGUGCAUACGGCACCAAAAAACGUCGAGAAACGCCGUUUUCUUCGAAAGACGAUUGGUGACGCAAAAAUUGCAUCCGCAAUGAACUCAACCAUUGCUUUCUUUCUUGGAGAAGCGCCUGAGCUGAACGACCACGAAGCAGUACUCGGGGAAGCGGCGCGCGAAGGAGACAUCGUGGUACUCAACUUCACGGACACCUACAAAAACCUAACGUACAAAUUUCUCCAGGGAGCAAAGUGGGUGUCCGACAACUGCCUCCUGGACCCUACAGCCACGGUUGUGAAACUCGACGACGACGUCUUGGUGAAUACGUUCGCGUUGUCGGCAUACUUGACCAGUGGUGUAAUGGCGCUGAUUGGAAUUCACUGCCGAGUAUGGACAGGCGCUGCACCUUUUAGGACGCGAAAAUCAAAGUGGCUGGUAUAAUACGUCGAACACCAAAAUGGAGCAAAUGUGGCAGACUUUCAAAGAUUACAAUAGAACAGUGAACCAUAAUUUCAAUAGAGAUGUUCAUGCCUACUAUCGCAGC